UACCGAACAGUCAUUUGGACUGCUUUUCAUAACCCCCGUCGUCUGUGACCUUUGGCAGAAAGUACACACGUUUCUUCAACCCUGUCAUUAAUCUCACUAAUUACUAACAAUCCACUCACAAUGAUUAAUCGAUUCGGUUGCUUUCUCUCCCUCCCUCCUACACAGGUAUCCCAACCCCGAAAAUCACCUGGUCCACCAAUGGUAAGGUCCUGCCGAGUACGAUGAUGGAGUACUCGCACGAGUCGACGCUCAGCAGCAAGCUGGUGGUGCGAAAUCUAUCCCGUGACCACCAGCAUACCGUGUACACCUGCCAGGCGAGCAACUUCUUCAAACGGAACGUGACCGCCAACGUCACGAUCGAGUUGCGGUUGCGACCCCUGGUGGUGGAAAUCGUCAACGGUAGCACGCCGCUUUCGUCCGACCGGCACUACGUCAUUCAGUGCCAGUCGAGCGGGUCACGACCACCGGCCAAAAUAAGCUGGUGGAUGGACGAGAGGCAGCUGAAGGCGACCAAUCAAACGACGUCCGAGAACGGUAACAGUACCACUUCGCUGCUGAGCUUCACGCCGACGAGGGAUGACCACGGGCGAACCCUCACCUGUCGGGCCGUCAACGAGCUGGUCAAGCGGGGGACGAAGGAGACCUCGAUCAAGCUGAACGUUUUCUAUCUUCCCACGCUGAAGCUCGAGCUGGGCACGAACAUGAACCCGGAAGACAUCGAGGAAGGAGAUGACGUGUACUUUGAAUGUAAAGUGAAUGCAAAUCCGUCUGCAUACAAAGUGGUGUGGAAGCAUAAUGAUCAAGUCGUCCAGCACAACUCCAAGACCGGUGUGAUAAUGAGCAGUACGGCGCUGGCGUUGCAAGCCGUCACCCGGCAUCAGGCCGGCAACUACACCUGCAUCGCGUCCAACGUCGAGGGAGACGGCGAGAGCAACACCGUGGAUCUGAAAGUGAUGUACAAACCCAUUUGCCGGCCGGACCAGAAGAAGAUCUACGGAGUGGCGCGAAACGAGGCAGCCGAAAUACUGUGUCAGGUGGACGCCUACCCGGCGCCGGAAUCGUUCAAGUGGUCCUUCAACAACACCGCGGAAACGAUCGAUAUGCCCCAGAGUGGCUACCGGGUGCAUACCGAGCAGGCGUCCACCCUGACCUAUACGCCCGUUAAGGAGCAGGAUUACGGGACGAUCAUGUGCUGGGCGGACAACGCCGUCGGACAGCAGCGGGAGCCAUGUGUGUUCCAUUUGAUUGCCGCUGGCAAACCGGAGAUGCCCUACAACUGUUCCCUGGUCAACCAGACGUCCGAAUCGCUGGAGGUGAACUGUGGGGAAGGCUUCGACGGUGGUCAGCGGCAGGCGUUCGUCAUGGAGAUCUACGACCAGCAGACCCACAUGCUGCUCGCCAACGUGUCAUCCGGGCUGCCAAUGUUUACCGUCCGGGGGUUGGAUUCCGGCCGGCUGCUCAAAAUCGUCAUCUAUGCGACCAACAUGCGGGGCCGCAGCGAACCGAUCCUGAUGCCGGCGUACACGCUGAAACCGGCGGAGAAGCAAACCGGUCCACACGCCGAGUUCGAAUUAUCGCCGAUCCUAUCGAUCGGGAUAUUUAUUGGCAUUUUAACGGUGAUAAUCUGCAUAAUAAUCGCCGUCGCUGCCGCACUGAAGCUGCGCACCAGUCAACCCGGCAAGGGGCACCACACGGCCAGCGGCAACGGCAAGGCGGGCGGUCUCGGCAAGCGGCCCGGUAAUCUACCAAUUAAGGAGAAAAUCUCGUUACCGCUCAGCCAAUCGGAGGACAUGUACGACGAGAAGAACCCGGACGUGGUACCCACGAACGAAGAUCCCGAUUACAAAUUGAUAUCGGCAAAUCAGACCCCCACGGCGCUGCAUAAUUCAUUAUGCAACAGCAAACACGACAUCAUCGGUCGAACGAUACUGGACGACAGCCGGAAAACCUAUCUAACAGGGCCGUCUAACGAAGUACACUACGCGGAAUUAGCAUUAGCAAUACCUCACGAUGACAAUAGCAAUAAAAAUCACCUCAAUCAUCUGAAAAAGCUACCGCCCCCUCCGGCCUACAACUAUUUCGACGAGCCGACGAUCUACGCCCAGAUCGACCACGGUGGCACCAACUACAAAACGUCCUCCACCUCGCCCUUCCCGCUGAUAUCACCGGUGUCCCAGCAGCAGCAGCAACAGCAGCCGACGACACCCCUGCAGCUGCAGUCCCUAAAUCAGUCACAAUUAACGUUACAGCUGCCAACGGACCAUCACAGUAGCAGCGGUAGCAGUCACAGCCAACAACAGCAGCACACGCCAACCUCGCUGCAAAAUCACACACCGACCUCGUUGCAGCAGCAGCAGCAACAGCAUCAUCAAAUGCACCAGGCGCCUCCACCGCCGGCACCGCAGCCGCUGCAACUGCCUAACAACAAUAAACAAUACCUGCGCGAAAUUGUCACAGUACGGACACCGCUGGCGUUUUCGCAACAGGAGAGUUGUGUUUAAUUAAAAUUUACUUCCAAAAACAGGCCCCGGGCCGGUGGUGCGCCUGGAUGUAUGUACACUCAUGUAUAUGUAUUCACGUACGUAAAAUGUAGGUUAUUUGAAUUACAGUCGAGUCUCUUACUAAACGAAUUCCUAUUAAACGGACUCCUAUUAAACGAACUCCUACUAGACAGGGGUGAGCGUUAUAGGAGACUAAGAGCUUAUGGGAUUCCGGCUUUUUGGGGGUGUGGCCUAUUAUCUCGGGUGUGUUAAGAGUUAGCGCAAUACUUUCUUCGGCAAAGUUUUAGGGCUUGAUAAGAUCUACCAUUUAGAACUUUGGUUCAUAUGAUUAGUUGGCAACUUGGCCGCUAGAGGGACCAUCAAUGAUUUGAUGCUAAAUUGCACUACAGGAACUAUAUCAGGUUGUCAAGCAAACGUUACGAUAUGCGACAGCUCAAGACCCUGAUAAUUUGGAAGGAUUGUGUCUUCGGGAAAGUUGUUGGGUACGCCAAUAACUUACUGACCAUGAGUUGCGAAGUUUGAAAUUCCUCCACUGGGCGGCGCUAGUGAGCAAGUAAAUUUUCAAAACCUCAUAUCUCAGAAUCCCGAUAACGUAGAAAGUUGGUGUCUUCGGCAAAGUUGAUCAGUAUGACCUAAACUUACAGAAAAAUAAACACUUGUUUCGCAAUUCUGCCACUAGGUGGCGUUUACCGGGUUUUUUCGUCUUUUUUUCUACUUUUUUGGGGUUUUUCGGCUUGGCAAAACUAGUGUCGCUCCCCCUGAUAACUUAGCAAGUUGGUGUCUUCGUCAAAGUUGAUCAGAAUGACAUAAACUUACAUAAAAAUUAACCCUUGUUUCGCAAUUCUGUCACUAGGCGUCGCUAAUGAACAUGCAAAUUUUAGAAAUCUCAUAGCUCAGAAUCCUGAUAACUUAGAAAGUUGGUGUCUUCGGCAAAGUUGAUCAGAAUGACAUAAACUUACAUAAAAAAUAACACUUGUUUCGCAAUUCUGCCACUAGGCGGCGCUAGUGAACAUGCAAAGCCGAAAAACCCCAAAAAAGUGAAAAAAAAAUACGAGAAAACCGGUGAACGCCGCCUAGUGGCAGAAUUUUUAAACAAGUGUUUAUUUUUAUGUAAGUUUAUGUCAUACUAAUCAACUUUGCCGAAGACACCAACUUUCUAAGUUAUCAGGAUUCUGAGCUAUAAGAUUUCUAAAAUUUGUAUGUUCACUAGCGCCGCCUAGUGACGGAAUUGCGAAACAAGGGUUAAUUUUUAUGUAAGUUUAUGUCAUUCUGAUCAACUUUGACGAAGACACCAAUUUUCUAAGUUAUCAGGAUUCUGAGCUAUGAGAUUUCUAAAAUUUGCAUGUUCACUAGCGCCGCCUAGUGACAGAAUUGCGAAACAAGGGUUAAUUUUUAUGUAAGUUUAUGUCAUUCUGAUCAACUUUGACGAAGACACCAACUUUCUAAGUUAUCAGGGGGAGCGACACUAGUUUUGCCAAGCCGAAAAACCCAAAAAAAAGUCAAAAAGACGAGAAACCCGGUUAACGCCACCUAGUGGCAGAAUUGCGGAACAAGUGUUUAUUUAUAUGUAAUUUCAUGUCAUACUGAUCAACUUUGCCGAAGACACCAACUUUCUAAGUUAUCGGGAUUCUGAGAUAUGAGGUUUUGAAAAUUCACUUGCUCACUAGCGCCGCCCAGUGGAGGAAUUUCGAACUUCGCAACACAUCGUCAGUAAGUUAUUGGCGUACCCAACAACUUUCCCGAAGACACUGUACUUCCAAAGUAUCAGGGUCUCGAGCUGUCGCAUAUCGUAACGUUUGCUUGACAACCUGAUAUGGUUCCUGUAGUGCAAUUUAGCAUCAAACUGUUGAUGGUCCCUCUAGCGGCCAAUUUGCCAACUAUUCAUAUGAACCAAAGUUCUAAAUGGUAGAUCUUAUCAAGCCCUAAAACUUUGCCGAAGAAAGUAUUGCGCUAACUCCUAACACACCCGAGAUAAUAGGCCACACCCCCAAAAAGCCGAAAUCCCAUAAGCUCUUAGUCUCCUAUUAAGCGGAUUCCUAUUGCGCCCCCCGACCAGUGAUCUUAUAAGAGUCUCGACUGUAUGUAAAAAGAGGGGGGAAAACUGGAAAAGGCCAGGGAAAAAUGUCGGUCGGAUGCGUUAGAAUGACAUCGCGCGCGCGUUCAUCGGGUAUAGGUAAUAUGUUUCACUUCAGCUGACAGCGCUCUCGGGCACACGGGACGACAACCGAUUAGAAGGUUAGGCUUUUGGACAUGACAUGUUAUGGUUAAGGGUUGGGUAUGAAAGGUGCGAUCUGGGUGAAACGUUUCGAUCCAGUGUGUUCAGUGGUGCUCAGGCUGGAGGAUACCGCGGGCCAAAUUUGCAAUUCGGGAUCGACCUGCGGGCCGCAUAAAACAUCGAUGCACAAAAACAACAAAAAGAACAAUUCUAAAGCAUAUUUAUUAAAAACCUGAACUGUUCAGAACUUGUGUAAGGGCCAAACUUUAUAAUCUAUUGCCCUUCGUGGAUUUCAAUUUAGAUUCAUAAGUUUGGUUGAGAAAAACUUUUGAGCUUCAAAAUAGAAAUUCACACAAACAAUUUAGAAGUUGCUUCUAGAAUUGCCUUGAAGCCACUUCAAGAACUUGUCAAGCAGCUAUUACAAGAAUUUUUUUUGAGUCGCUCCAAAAAGGUUUGCUGGAUUUUCUCCUGAAAUUUCUUGUGGAGUUGCUCCAGAAGGUUUUCGAGAAAUUUCUUGAAGUUUCUUUUAGUUUUUCUAGAAUUCUCUUGGAGCACCUCCAAGAACUCCUCUUAGAUUUGCCUCUGGAACUGCCCUAAAGUUACUUUAGGAAUUCCUCAUUAAUCGUUGCCAAGAAUUUCUUCUAGAAUAGCUUCCGGAUUUUUUCGAAAUUUUCAGGAGUUUCUUGAAGAUUUUAGUAUAUUCUUUCCAUAAGUCUAUUCUGAAAUUGAUAAAAUACUUCAUCAUUAUAUUUCUUCAAAAAUUAGAUUUAUUACAAUUGUUUCCGGAAUUUUCUUCAACAUUAUCUUCUAAAGUUGCUGCAUAACUUGCUUCAAAUUUAUUGUUCAAAUUUUCCUCAGGCGUUCUAGGCAUCUUUUGUGUCUUGAUGCAGUUGGUCCUGGAAUCUUGUUUGUAGUUACUCCUGAAAAUUCUCUUUUUGUUGCUCGAGGAAUUUAUUCUAAAGUUAUUUAAGAAAUUUCUGUUAGAGUGGCACCAGCACAUUUUUCUAGGAGAUGUUCCUAUAAUUUCCAUGCAGUAUCCCCACAACUUUCUCAUUGAGUUUCUUCAGGUUUAUUUUCUCCAGGAUAAUUUAAGUUUCUCCAUAUAUUUCGCUUAGAGUUGCUUAAAUUUUUUCUCCAAUAAUGUUUCCUGGAUUUUUCCCAAAAAUGUAUCCAACAGUUUCUCCAAAAGGGGACCGGAGACGCUUUAUGAAUCUCGCCUGAGAUUUUUUCUUUAAGUUCGUUCAGGAGUUUCGCUUGAACAAUUCAAAUUGAAUUCGUAAGGUUUGUUUCGAAAAAUAUGUGAGUCUUAUAAUAGAAAUUUAAACAAACAGUGAAAAUUAAACAAUAUUGGCAACCAAGUUGAGAUUUGUUGAGAAUUUUGUCAAAAACUUCGUGCUUUGUGUUUUUAUGUUCUUCUGAAAGGCGAAAUGUGAAAUAUUCGCUGCGUUGCAUUGAUUGCGCUUAAAAAUUGCAACUAAUUUUUUAAUGAUUCAAGAUUACCUUUUUUACAAACUUUCAUUUGAUUCGUACCACUUAUAAAUAACUAUAAGCUUGUAGCUGAAAUGCCAAAAUAUUUCGGAGUUGCGAUAUCGAAUCUUACCAGAACGGAUUGUUCUUUUAGUUUAUUUAUCAUUUAAUUUGCGUUCAACACUGUGAAACUUGAUCAGAACUUUUUUGUUUGUUUGAUUUCUUAAUAAAUUCAACGAAUUAUUUCAAAUAAUCGUUCAAAAAUUUCGAUUCGUCUUUAAGAAUUCCGCGGGCCGCAUUUUAAGGCUUGGAGGGCCGCAUGCGGCCCGCGGGCCGCAGGAUGAGCACCACUGGUGUGUAUCAUUAAAACACAUUGCAACAAAAUUUCAACUUUCUGUCUGUCUUUCUAUUAGCACCAUAAACCAUAAACCGAUCGGACAAACCGUUUUCGAGUUACACUCUUGUUCAAAGAUAGCAUGUGCAUUUUUAAGGGUCCUUUUACCUUUCUCGUACACCAAAGUGUACUGAAAGGCUAUAUGUUCACUUAACCCUUUGAAGCCGGAUUUUUUACAAGCGUUAUUAUAAAGUUUUUUCUACGCAUUUCUCUGGUUUUAGUGCUUAACAGCAUAGAAAGGGUAGAAUAUGAUGCAGAAUAUUUUUUCUGGAUAUCCUAGGUCAUCAAAAUUGUUUUUGAGUUUAGAUCCAUAAGCCUACGCGUGCAACGGUAACUUCUUUCGUCAUACAAAGCUUCGAUUUGUUAUCUAUCAUGUCCAGUCUUCUGGAUGUUCAAAAGACAGUAUCAGAUCUGUCAGGAUAUCUUAGGUUAUCCAAACUGUUCUUGAGUUCAGGUUCAGAAGUCUACGGGUGCGAUGGAAACUUCUUUCAUUAUACAAAGCUACGAUUUGUUAACUAUCAUGUUCAGUAAGUCUUCUGAAAGUUUAAUAGACACUAUCAGAUCAGUCGGGAUAUUCUAGGUCAUCCAAACUGUUUUUUAGUUUAAAUCCUAAAGUCUACACGUGUAACGGGAACCUUUUUCAUUAUAUAAAGCUACGAUUUGUAAUCCAUCUUGUCCAGUAAGUCUUUUGAAUGCUUAAUAGACAGAAUCAGAUCAUUCGGGAUAUCCUAGGUUAUCCAAACUGUUCUUGAGUUCAGAUCCUGAAGUCUACGGAUGUGAUGGUAAUUUCUUUCAUUAUACAAAGCUGCGAUUUGUAAACUAUCAUGUUCAGUAAGUCUUCUGAAAGUUUUAUAGACACUAUCAGAUCAGUCGGAAUAUCCUAGGUCAUCCAAACUAUUCUUGAGUUUAGAUCCUAAAGAGUACGGGUGUGACAGUAACUCCUCUAAUUACACAAAUUAACGAUUUUUAUUCUAUCAUGUCCAGUAAGUCUUAUGAAUGUUUAAUACAGUGUCAGAUCAGUGAGGAUAUCCUAGGCUAUCCAAACUGUUCUUGAGUUCAGAUCCUGAAGUCUACGGGUGUGAUGGUAACUUCUUUCAUUAUACAAAGCUACGAUUUGUAAACUAAAGCAUUGUCCAGUUAGAAUCCGGAC